AUGGCAGAAGACAGAAGGAGCAUGUACCGACUAAACGGUGUUGCGCAUGUUGCCGGUUCCAUUGGUGACGAGCCCACUAGGUGUAUAUACAGUGUGAGACGGCAACAGAAUAUGCCCAUGCAUGAUAGGAUCAUCCCGUAUUUAGAGAGGGCUGGAUUGUAUCAUUUGGCCAGGCUAAACAGCCAAUGGUUCUGGUUGGAUGAGCCAUUGGUUAGUGCGUUCGUUGAGAGGUGGCGUCCUGAGACGCACACGUUCCACAUGCCUUUUGGAGAGUGCACAGUGACAUUGCAGGAUGUUGCUUCUCAGCUUAGGUUGCCUGUCGAUGGGGAGGCUGUAAGUGGUUGCCUUGGUGAGUUUGAUACAUACAUUGAGGGUGGUCGACCAGCCUGGGAGUGGUUUCAGGACCUAUUUGGUGAGCUGCCACCACCGAAUAAGGUCAAGCAGAUGACGGUCCACUUUACAUGGUUCCACGAGAGGUUUAGUGUGCUACCACCAGAUGCGAACGAGGAGACAGUUCGCAUCUACGCACGUGCCUACAUCAUGAUGCUUUUAUCUACUCAGUUAUUUGGGGACAAGAGUGCGAACCGGGUACAUAUACGGUGGUUGCCAUUUGUGGCGAACCUUGAUGAGAUGGGGCGCUAUAGCUGGGGUUCGGCUGCGUUGGCUUGGUGGUCUGCUUACUUACCUCCGAACGAUGGGAAAGAACAGAGGGUCAUAAGUUAUAGGCUUGCAUUGGAUCGCUUGACCGCUCGUGAUAUUGUAUGGGAGCCCUACUCCGCGCUUGAUGUACUUGCUGUGGUCCAUCCGGAAAUACUCACAGAGGAGCAUUCUCGCAUCUGGCGAGCGGUCACUUCUUUGAUAUACUUUGCUGUCAUCGAGUGGCAUCAGGUUGAUAGGGUUGUCCCACAGCUUGGUGGAGUUCAGCAUAUCCCCGAGGACGCUUUGAACAUAGACUGGUUGCAUGCUAAGGAUGGAAGGGGAGGAGAUAGGUGGUUCCCCCAUUACUAUCGGGACUGGCAUUUACACUGGGGGAGUAGACUUGAUGCAGUCAUUUCCAUUGAGCGUGUGGCUGAUCCGGGUCCAUCAGCGGAUUACUUAGAUUGGUAG